GAUCUUCAUCGCUGUCAGAUGGCCAUCUAGCCUCUGUUUAUAAACCUCCGAGGAAGGAGAGCCCACCACCUCCCGAGGAAGCCUGUUCCACUGAGGAGUCGCUCUAACGGUCAGGAAGUUCUUCCUAAGAGAGAAGCCUCUCUUCAGAGACAAGUGAACGAAGGCAUCUUUCCACAGAUGGAGGUGACUCCACAGACGGAGCAGGAGAUGGAAGAGCAGGACCCAGAAAGACCUGGGACUGGCAAGAGAGCAAGGAAAAGCCCCUUUCUCCUCCAAGCUGGGAGUGGGGUUGAAUUCCAGGAAAGGGCUGGGCCAGAGACCCUGGCUAAGGACACCAUGACCUCAGAUGCGCGCAGCCGACGCUUCCGGCAGUUCCGCUACCAUGAGGCCGAUGGGCCCCGAGAGGUUUGCACCCGGCUCCAUGGACUUUGCAGCCAGUGGCUGAAGCCGGAGAGUCACACCAAGAAGCAGAUCCUGGACCUGGUGAUCCUGGAGCAGUUCCUGACUCUCCUGCCCCAGGAAAUGCAGGGCUGGGUGAGAGGAUGUGGGCCGGAGACCAGUUCCCAGGCGGUGGCCCUGGCCGAAGGUUUCCUCCUGAGUCAGGCAGAGGAGAAGAGGCAGGCAGAACAGAUGUGGGCCUCAUCCAGGAAGAAAGAAGCUACGUUCCCUGAGGCGGAAGGAGCUUCCUUGGAGCAAGGGCAGAAGGCGCAGGCUGUGGAGCGUGUCCAAGAUGCCCUCCCCUGUGGCAGUGGAGAGAUGCUGUUGAGCCUUCGUCUUUUCAGAGGGGUGGAAACGGCUGCUGCACCUCCAAUCCAGGGUCCCUUUUCCUUUGAGGAGGUGUCCGUCCCUUUCACGGAGGCAGAGUGGGCCCUGCUGGAUCCGGACCAAAGAGCUCUGUACAGGGAAGUCAUGCUGGAGAACUAUGGGAACGUGGCCUCUCUGGGUAAGGACCUUUCAAAGGAUGAUCAGACGAAUGAGGAGGGUGAGGAACUACAGCUGCGUUUGCCAGAUGAAGUUAUUAAUAAAGACUCGAAAGGAAAUGUAAGGAAUCGAGGCAGACCCCAGAGAAAGAAGGACAGCCAUUUUGUUGAGAAGAGAAAUGGAAGAAAGUGCAAUGAACAUUUUCCCAAGCACAAUAGAAUGGAGAUGAGUCAGUCCAUUAAGUAUGGAAAGGACAUCAGAUAUAGAUAUAGAUCACAGCUUCUAGUGAACCAAAGAAUAGAAAAACGAGAUAAAUCUUUUGAAAGCUCGGAGUGCGGAAAGAAAUUCAAUCAGAAUGGCAAGCUUCAGCAGCGUCAAAGAACUCACAAAGAGCAUAAACAGUUUGAAAGCUCAGCAGGUGAAAAGAUAUUUGGGUUGAAUGGCAAUCUUCAGCAGCAUAAAAAAACCCACACAGGAGAGAAACCUUUUGAAUGCACAGAGUGUGAAAACAGAUUCAGUCGGUGUGAACAUCUUCAAGAACAUCAAAGAACUCAUACAGGGGAGAAACCUUUUAAAUGCACAGAUUGUGGAAAGAGAUUCAGUCAGAGUAGCACUCUUCACCAACAUCAGAGAACCCACACAGGGGAGAAACGUUUUGUAUGCUUAGCGUGUGGAAAGACAUUCAGCGACAAGACCAGUCUUAAACAGCAUCAGAGAACCCACACAGGAGAGAAACCUUUUGAAUGCUCAGAGUGUGGAAAGAGAUUCAGUCAGAGUAACCAUCUUCAAAACCACCAAAGAACUCACACAGGGGAGAAACCUUUUGAAUGCACAGAGUGUGGAAAGAGAUUCAGUCGGUGUGAAAAUCUUCAAAACCACCAAAGAACCCACACAGGAGAGAAACCUUUUGAAUGCUCACAGUGUGGAAAGAGAUUCAGUCACACUGGCAACCUUCAACUGCAUCAGAGGACCCACACAGGGGAGAAACCUUUUGAAUGCUCAGAGUGUGGAAAGAGAUUCAGUCAGAGUAACCAUCUUCAAAACCACCAAAGAACUCACACAGGGGAGAAACCUUUUGAAUGCACAGAGUGUGGAAAGAGAUUCACUAACAGUGGCACUCUUCAAAUGCAUCAGAGAACUCACACAGGGGAGAAACCUUUUGAAUGCACAGUGUGUGGAAAGAGAUUCAGUCAGAGUGGCAAUGUUCAACAGCAUCAGAGAACCCACACAGGAGAGAAACCUUUUGAAUGCUCAGAGUGUGGAAAGAGAUUCAGUCACAGUGGCAAACUUCAAAAGCAUCAGAGAACCCACACAGGAGAGAAACCUUUUGAAUGCUCACAAUGUGGAAAGAGAUUCAGACACAGUGGCAAACUUCAACUGCAUGAGAGAACCCACACAGGGGAGAAAGCUUUUGAAUGCACAGAGUGUGGAAAGAGAUUCAGUCACAAUUGCACUCUUCAAAACCAUCAGAGAACCCACACCGGAGAGAAACCUUUUGAAUGCUCAGAGUGUGGAAAGAGAUUCAGUCACAGUGGCACUCUUCAAAAGCAUCAGAGAACUCACACAGGGGAGAAACCUUUUGAAUGCACAGAGUGUGGAAAGAGAUUCAGUCACAGUGGCAACCUUCAAAAGCAUCAGAGAACUCACACAGGGGAGAAACCUUUUGAAUGCUCAGAGUGUGGGAAGAAAUUCAGUCACAAUUGCACUCUUCAAAGGCAUCAGAGAACUCACACAGGAGAGAAACCUUUUGAAUGCUCACAAUGUGGAAAGAGAUUCAGUUUGAGUGGCAACCUUCAACUGCAUCAGAGAACCCACACAGGAGAGAAACCUUUUGAAUGCUCAGAAUGUGGAAAGAGAUUCAGUCACAAUUGCACUCUUCAAAAGCAUCAGAGAACUCACACAGGGGAGAAACCUUUUGAAUGCACAGAGUGUGGAAAGAGAUUCAGUCAAAGUGACAGUCUUCAACAGCAUCAGAGAACCCACACAGGAGAGAAACCUUUUGAAUGCUCAGAGUGUGGGAAGAGAUUCAGUCACAGUGGCACUCUUCAAAUGCAUCAGAGGACCCACACAGGAGUGAAACCUUUUGCAUGCUCACUGUGUGGAAAGAGAUUCAUUCAGAGUGGCCAUCUUCAAAACCACCAAAGAACUCACACAGGGGAGAAACCUUUUGAAUGCACAGAAUGUGGAAAGAGAUUCAGUUGGAGUUGCCAUCUUCAACAGCAUGAGAGAACUCACACAGGGGAGAAACCUUUUGAAUGCUCAGAAUGUGGAAAGAGAUUCAGUCACAAUUGCACUCUUCAAAGUCAUCAGAGAACUCACACAGGGGAGAAACCUUUUGAAUGCACAGAGUGUGGAAAGAGAUUCAGUCACAACUGCAAUCUUCAAAAGCAUCAGAGAACUCACACAGGGGAGAAACCUUUUGAAUGCACAGAGUGUGGAAAGAGAUUCAGUCAAAGUGACAGCCUUCAACUGCAUCAGAGAACCCACACAGGAGAGAAACCUUUUGAAUGCUCAGAAUGUGGAAAGAGAUUCAGUCACGGUAGCUAUCUUCAAAAGCAUCAGAGAACCCACACAGGAGAGAAACCUUUUGAAUGCUCACAAUGUGGAAAGAGAUUCAGUCUGAGUGAAAACCUUCAACGGCAUCAGAGAACCCACACAGGGGAGAAACCUUUUGAAUGCUCAGUAUGUGGAAAGGGAUUCGGUCAGAGUGGCCAUCUUCAACUGCAUCAGAGAACCCACACAGGGGAGAAA